AGCAUCAGAGCACAGCAAACACUUCCUCAAGCAGGUGUGAGAGUGGAGGAGUAUGUGAGAGCAGCUAUAACCCCUGUUGGGUUUUUAUGCACUCGCAAUCUUAAAACCUUCAAGACGUGAGCAUUUCUGUAAGAGCGACUUAUUCCAGUGUAGAGGUUGAGUCCUGGCUGCAGUGGCGCUAUCAUGGCUUCUCAGGGCCUCCAGAUCAUGGGUGUGCUGCUCGCCUUCAUCGGCUGGCUGGGCACCAUCAUCACCUGCGCUAUGCCCAUGUGGAGAGUCACCGCUUUCGUUGGGGCGAACAUCGUCACGGCCCAGGUGAUCUGGGAAGGCUUGUGGAUGAACUGCGUGGUCCAGAGCACGGGCCAGAUGCAGUGUAAAGUGUACGACUCCAUGCUGGCUCUGCCUCAAGACCUGCAGGCUGCCAGGGCCAUGGUGGUCGUCUCUGUGAUCGUCGGGGUGUUCGGUAUCCUCAUGGCUGUAGUAGGAGGAAAGUGCACCAACUGCAUGGAGGACGAAGUGGCCAAAGCCAAAGCCUGCAUCGUGUCCGGAGUGAUCUUCAUAAUAGCCGCCUUGCUGAUCAUGAUCCCAGUGUCGUGGUCAGCUCACGCAGUGGUCAGGGACUUUUAUAACCCCCUGGUGGUCGCGGCUCAGAGGAGGGAGCUGGGGGCUGCACUCUAUAUCGGAUGGGGCUCUGCUGGGCUGCUGCUGCUGGGAGGAGGCCUGCUCUGCAACAACUGCCCCCCAAAAGAUGACACAAGACCCUACAUGCCUGCCAAGUUUGCCCCUGUAAGAACCGUAUCUUCAAACGUGGACUAUGUGUGAGUUUUUUGGGCUAGAACUGCAGAAUAAAAUGUCUCAGUGAUUUUUAUUAAAAUUUGUAAAGGCUCCCAUGAAAAGUUUCACAGAAGGAUCUGUUUCUCAAAAAUGUUGAUGCUAAGGCUGACAUGAGCGAGAAAGCGGUGUAAUAAAGAAGAAAAAGCUUCUCAGUCUUUGAAAUAUUUCACAAACUCUAUCAACAAUUUGGACCAUUAAAGGUACAAAAGACAGCCCAGUAAAGUUGUUGUCUGGUAGUUGAUUUUUUUUCCAGAUAAAAUGUGUACCAACAAAAGGUUGACAUAUGCUGUCAAUUAUCAUUUUUCACAAAGAAAUGUAUUUUUUCUCCUUCUUUUGUUACAAAUAAAUAUUUUCCCUAUUGUGAAUCUGAAGGCUGAAAACCUGUAACAUUUCUCUGAAACAAUAUUAUUUUUCGGGACAACAUGCCCACUAUCAAGAAUUGUUUUCUUCAUAAAGGGAGUGAUGCUCUAAACCUGAAUACAUACUGUACAUCCUUUAUUAAAUUUCUCUGAUUUAUAAGUUAUUGUCUAGACUGCUGCCUAGAGAAGUUGUGAAAGCCAAACAAUUUGGAUGAAUUCAGAUUUUGAUAUUAGACAAUGUGCUUGAAUCCGGUUGUAAAGUGUUUUUUAGUCAUGCAUUUUAGUCACUAUCUUUAAACCGUCAGAAAUAAAGCUUCUUUGUUCAUA